AUGAUUGCUAAAAUAAGUGUCUCAGUAGUUUUUGUUUUGAGUGCACUUUUCGUGGUUAAUGCGCUGAGUGCUUUUGAUCAGCAACUAUUGGAAGAUGUGUUGGACCCUGUAAAGUGCGCUGAACAACUACAAACUUUGAAAGCAAACCCUUCUCUUCUUUUUCAGUUCUUUGACGCCAGUGGCAAAAUACCUAAUGGUAUAAGCGGAGGAAACUUAAAUGAUCUUGGGGACUACUUUCAAUGCUUAGCUAUUAACCAAGACGUAGGCCAACAAAAAAUCCAUGGUAAAUAUUGCAUGGUCGGGGUCCCCAUGGGGGAUUUAUCAGUUCUUCCACUUUGGCCGGCAUUUACAGGGCCCUGGAACGUUAAUAACAUCAAUUUUCCAGACGAUGUUCAUUUAAAGAGUUAUGUUCAGCAAAUUGCUAAUUUUACGGGGUCUGUUGGUAGAGGAAAUAAUAAUAAUACCUUGAACCCCAGAUUUUCAAUAGCCCUUUGCAUCCCCAAGGUGUGCACUGUUAAUGAUACAGAUGAUAUUGCCAUUCCCUCUUUCAUAGAUUAUAAUGUAAAUUUCUGCCGACUACCGAAUGACAAACCAUUUGCUGCUGCUGAUUAUACUGCUUUUGGCAUAUUCUCCGUAAUUGGGUUGCUUGCGGUGAUCAGCACAUGCUAUGAUCUCUAUCAGAGAUUUUGUAUCAAAAACACUUCAAAUAUAAGCCGACUGUACUCCUCCUUCUCUGUGUACACAAACACUCAACGUUUCUUUGUCUUCAAAUCUUCCCCGGAUGCAUUGGAGUGUCUCGAUGGCAUUCGUACCAUCUCCAUGUUAUGGGUUGUCAUUCAUCACGUUUAUAUCUUAUACUUGUUGGGAUAUAUUCACAAUCAGUUUGAAGCAGUUAAUAUGAUAGGAGAGUUAUCAUAUGUAUUGCCCUCAGCAGCACCGCUGGCAGUCGACACAUUCUUCUUACUUAGCGGCAUGCUUGUGGUAUACGCUAAUCUAGGAAAAGUCACUAGAGGUAAAUUUGUAAAAUCGAUCCAUCUCUUCUACUUGGGCCGACUUAUGCGAUUAUUUCCAAUACUAGCUGCUAUGGUGCUUCUUCAAGCAUCUGUGUUUAAUCACGUGUCCGACGGCCCCUACUGGCAAAAUAUGGCUAUUGAAGUAGAACAUUGUAGAACUUAUUGGUGGUCUACACUACUGCACGUACAAAAUUAUGUGAAUCCUUCAGAAAUGUGUAUAUCAAGCAGUUGGUACCUUUCUGUAGAUACUCAGCUAUAUGUAUUAAGUCCACUUCUGCUAUUUUUCCUCUUUGGACAAAAAAGAGUAGCGUGGGCAAUGCUUAUACUGUUUUUACUUAUUGCUCUUGUCAGCGCUUCUGUAUUCAGUUUCCUGUACAAUCUACCUGCAGCAUUAAUUACUCUUGGUCGUCCUCUGGAGUUUGAUGAUUACUUCAACUACUACUACGUAAAUACGCUAACCAGAGCACCACCAUUUGUCCUCGGUAUGAUUUAUGGAUACACUUUGUAUCUAAACAAAGAGAAAACAGUUAAGAUUCCAUGGAUCAUUGUGAUCCUUUUUUGGCUGUUGUCGCUUGCUGCGUUGGCCUUCUGCUACUUUAUUCACUAUGUCGUUGUGCAGUUUGAUUACGAUAACACCACUUUUGAUAACUUCCUAAAUGCCUACAUGCGCUCAAUCUGGGCGAUUGCACUGGGCUGGGUAAUCUUCGCUUGCGUUAAGGGCUAUGGAGGUCCUGUAAACUGGUUCCUGUCGCUGUCCAUGUGGAAGUUACCGUCCCGAAUGUCGUAUGCUAUAUAUCUCUUCCACAUGCCACUCAUUUACGCAGUCAACGGCAGCGCCAUUUUUCCAUUGUUCGUCUCCGAUGCAUUCGCUAUCCACCGGUUCAUGAGUGUUUUGCUUAUGUCAUUCCUGUUUGGAUUAAUCCUUUGUAUCGUCAUUGAUGUUCCAAUUGCUAAUGUUUACAGCUUAGCGACCAGAGGAGGUUAUAAAAAGCCACCUCAGACACCUACAGUUGCGAAACCAACGGAAGACGAUGUAAUUGUAAAAAAAUCAUAA